AUGCUUAAUGAUGAACAUGAAUUUUUUCUGUUACGUGAAAAAUUACUGAAUCAACCAACAGCAAAACAAACACAACUCACCAUCAGUGCAUCAACAGUGGAAUUAACACAAAGUACUCGACAUGUUACACAACAAAAUUAUAACUCUAUGGAAGCUACUAUUAAAUCAAAAUCUGAUAAGUUCAAAAAUAAUAUAUUUCUUCAUGUAACACAUGAGGGUAGACUUAAAGGUUUAGCACGGGAUAUACAUAUCAUACAUGAUAAUCAUUUCAAAAACACUAUGUAUGGUGAAAAAAGAUUAGUGGUUGGUUUUCGAAAUAAUCCAAAUAUUGAAUUCGAACUUUCUCAUAAACGACCAGCAUCAUCCGUUUUGAAAGAUCCAUUAAGAAAAAGACGAAAACCUAAUGAUGUCGUCAGUAAUGGCAUGAAUACCAAAUGA